GUCCUCAGUGAACAAGGUAUACGAACCCAACCAGCCCAAAGCCCAAUCUGGCGCUGAACGAUUUCACUUGAAAGAAGAACCUCUUCACUGGCCUCUCUAGCUUGACAUGACUAUUUAAUUUGGUGUUCAGAAAUUGUCUUUGGCUCGAAUGAACGAAUAUCAGAACAACAGAGAUAGGUAGCAUCUGAAUGAAUGUGGAUUUGGUCGUUGCUAUGCAUUUGGAAAAGCUUGACAUGUAUCAGAGCAUUGGCGCACGCCGCCUCUUAUAUCGCGCUCUCAUUUCAAACUUCGUAAAAGCAGGUCUCAUCGAUCAUGCCAUCCACGUGUUCGAUCAAAUGUCUCACUCAAAUUGUCGGCUCUUCAGCGUCGAUUACAAUCGCUUCAUCGGCGUUCUUCUCCGCCACUCGCGCCUCCACCUCGCCCAACACUACUAUUACGGCCACGUCAUUCCCAAUGGCUUCUCUCUCAUUCCAUUCACCUACUCUCGCUUCAUCUCCGCUCUAUGUUCCGCUAAGAAUUUCGAACUCAUCCAGAACCUUCUAUGCGACAUGGAUGCUCUCGGUUUUGUUCCUGAUAUUUGGGCUCUUAAUAUUUACUUGAACCUUCUCUGUCGCGAGGAUCGGUUAGAAACCGCUUUGGAAUUGUUUCGUGCUAUGCCUUUGAAGGGGAGAGAGCCUGAUGUCGUUUCCUACACUAUUGUCAUUGAUGCGUUGUGUAAAGCUGAACGGUUUGAUGAGGCUGUUAGGGUUUGGCGGGAUUUGAUUGAGAAGGGAUUGGGGCCUGAUUGUAAGGUUUGUGGUGCUCUUGUUGUUGGGUUGUGUGGUGGUGGGCGUGUUGAGUUGGCUUAUGAGCUUGUUGUUGGGGUGAUCAAGGGUGGGGUGAAGGUUGGUAGUUUGGUUUAUAAUGCUUUGAUCAGUGGGUUUUGUAGGACCGGGAGGGUUGAUAAGGCGUUGAAGAUUAAGGCGUUUAUGAGUACAAAUGGGUGUGCACCGGAUUUGGUUACUUAUAAUAUAUUGUUGAAUUAUUGUUGUGAUGAGGGUAUGGUGGAUGAGGCCGUGAGGCUGUUGGAGACCAUGGAGAGGAGUGGGGUGGAGCCGGAUUUGUAUAGUUAUAAUGAGCUGUUGAAGGGUUUUUGUAAGGCAAAUAUGAUUGAUAGGGCUUAUUUGAUGAUGGUGAAGAGAAUGCAGACCAAAGGGCUGUGUGAUGUUGUUUCUUAUAAUACAAUUAUCACAGCCUUCUGUAAGGCACACCGGACUAGGAAGGCAUAUGAUUUAUUUGAGGAAAUGUAUAGGAAAGGGAUUCAACCGGACAUAGUGACGUUCAAUAUACUUGUGGAUGCGUUUCUGAGAGAAGGUAGUUCCCAUGUGGUCAAGAAUCUUCUUGAUCAAAUGACAGGGAUGGGUCUUGUUCCUAAUCUAAUAUUCUAUACAACAAUGGUGGAUCAUAUGUGUAAGAAUGGGAAGAUUGAUGUGGCUCAUAGUGUUUUUCGUGGCAUGGUGGAGGAUGGAAUAAAUCCAGAUGUUGUAUCGUAUAAUGCACUCAUAAAUGGGUUUUGCAAGGCUUCUAGAAUUAUGGAUGCCAUGCAUCUAUAUGAUGAAAUGCAGAGAAAAGCAUUAGAUCCCGAUGAGGUAACUUUCAAGUUGAUAGUUAGAGGGCUUCUAAAGGAAAGAAAGCUUUCAGUGGCAUGUAGAGUUUGGGAUCAGAUGAUGGAAAAAGGCUUUACACUUGACAGACAUCUUUCUGAGGCUCUAGUCAAUGCCAUUCAAUCAAGUGAUGGUACAUGAGCGUGACACUAAUUUGUCUUGUGAUCCUCUCAAAUUCAUCACACCUUUCUUUCAAAUUGGAAACAUGACUUAAAAAAUGUUUUCUCUGGAUAUAAUACAUGAAAGGUUAGCAAACCUGACUAAAACGUUUUCUGCAGGUAAUGACACCUGUAAAUUGGUUUAUCCCAUUUUUACGAUGCUCAUGGUGCAAUCCCAUACCUUUAUAUGUCUAUGUGCUCACAUAUACUUUUGUGCUGUGUAACAUACUACCAAUUCACAGGCCAACUUUUUGUAAAGGAUCCAUACUGAGGGCAGUGCUGUAAUGUUUUCUUGCUAUGAUGGAAGUAAUGUUGUCCAGGUUUUGAUCCAUAUUGUCAACAGACUAUUCACAUGGUGGAUUGUAUUUGUCAAUACAAAUAUAUAAUAGUGUUCAUUAACUUUUUGGCCAUUGUUAUACACGGAGAGCUAUGGAUCUGUUUCUCACCCUGCUCAACUGAUAUGAGCAGUAAUAGAUGAUCUGGUUUAAAUCAGUCCAGCUACCUAUUCAAAUCCCGGUUGGUGUUUCUUCAGAGUUCAGAUUGAGGGUGGUUUUGAGUUGGUCUUAUGCUGUCUUCAUGCUAUUUGAGUAAAUCUUAUGGUUCUAACUUUUAAUAACAGCUUUGCAUGGCAGGGACGUUGAUAAUGAACAUGGGUCCUCUUAUGGUUCUAACUUUUAAUAACAGUAUAGCACCCGUCUGGUGUUCAAAACACUUAGUUUUAGUGAAAAAGAUGUCUUGUUUCAUCAAGAUGAAGUUUGUGGUAUUUACUAUGCCUUCUGUGAUAUGUUGCAGAGCAUAGUUUGAACUAUGAAGAUAAGCAUUCAUUGGUAAUUUCACCUUGCUGUGAUCUACAUCUACUUCCUUGUGAUCUUGCUUCCUAUCCUAGCAAAUUCUUGAACAAUAAACUCAGGUUUCAUACCUCAAGCAUUCUGGAACAUUUAUUAACAGAUCAAUGAUUUACUAUUUGUGUACAAUGUACAUGUCUAGACUUAUAUAACAGCAGAGAAUUGUGGAAAAAACAAGAUUCAUUAGGUGGCCUUGUUAGGUUCAAGAUUCAAAUUUAUUAGAUUCUGAAAAACUGUGAUGCUGGCACGAGCUAUGUAUGACUUCCAAGAUACAUAUUUGUUGGAUACUGUAAUAAAUUUCAACUCGUCUUAUUUUCUGGUGAAUUUUGAUGCUUCAGCUUGUAUCUGCAGCAUGAAACUUCAAGCUUCUCUAAAGAAAUGUCACCCUAAUCAUUACAUUUGUCCAACAACCAUGUCUCUUCGAGAAACCAACCCUCAUUUUUCUAGACCGUCACGGCCACAACAUGUAGAUGGUAGUGACCAACCAUCUUAUGCAUUUGUUCCGUCCCAUAGACACCGUGGCCAACCACCCACACAAGGAGCUGCACCUGUACAAAAUGUAUUGCAACCUCAGCAUGAAGAUCAUGUCCCAUUACGAACACAACGUGAUGACCAUUUUCCAUUGCCAAUGGGGCAAGAGGAUCAUCCACACACAUCUAUUCUAAGAGAGCCACGCCGUGGCCAAUCACACCGUGGAGCUUCACGUAAACAGCCACAAGAUCAAGGUUUGACGCCAGCUAAGUCGAAGGUAAUUUUUCAAGAGCAAUCUCCCAAGGCUGGUGGCUCUGCAGUGCUACCAACACCAGACCAUCCUACCGAGCCUCGGUGGCGGCCACGCCAAGAUCAUCGGCACACACCAAUAAGGUUGCCUAAAGAACAAAAGUCUCAACCCUUAACAUGGUUGGGUGCUUGCUUGUGUGUAAUAUUUUGGCUGGUCAUAAUUAUAGGAGGCUUGAUAGUCCUAAUAGUGUACUUAGUUUUUCGUCCCCAAAGUCCUCAUUUUGAUGUAUCUGGUGCCACCUUAAAUGCUGCAUACCUUGACCUUGGAUAUCUGCUCAAUGCUGAUCUAAGCUUGCUGGCUAACUUCACAAAUCCAAACAAGAAGGUACAUGUGGAUUUCAGCUCCGUGAUGAUUUAUCUGUAUUAUGGAAGUACCCUUAUUGCCACUCAAUAUGUUGAGCCUUUCUCGGCAGCCAGGCGUGAGUCAAGGUUAGCAAAUAUCCGUAUGGUCACUAGUCAGGUUCAGCUGCCAUUAAGAGAGACCCAACGGCUUGUCAAACAAAUGGAAGGCAAUGGCGUUUUACUUCAGGUGAACGGAGUUUUCAGGGCAAGAUCCAAAUUAGGAAGCAUCUUAAGGUAUUCAUAUAACCUUUACGGCCGUUGCAACAUCUUGUUAACAAGCCCUCCUGGCGGGGUGUUGCUUAAAAAGAAAUGCAGAACGAAGCGGUGAAGCAAUAAUU